AAUUCUGUGGAGCAAAUCUCAAACCACGAUUUCAGAGUGGAAUAUUGAUGAGAUAUCGAGGAGUUUUUGAGGAUUUUUCAGUUGAACCUUUCUACACGCAAUGCCAUCAAGAUCCCUGUGGUGUGAAAUGGAUCUUUUCCUUUUGUUACUCCAGGCUAUAUAAACCAGCUCAGUGGCAAGUCAGAUGAUAGCUAGUAUAUAUAAUGUGUUCUAACGCAACUUUCUUUUUAUUUCACACUAAUCGUGAUGGAGAAACGUUUAGUCGUAUCAUUCCUCAAUUUAUUAAUCUUUGCCGUCGUGCAAAUCUGCGAGUCGACUGGUCAGGUUUCUCACUGCAUUUAUGGAGUCACAGUGAAAGAUCUUCUCAAGUUAGCCAGGGUUAACGAAGCAAGCGCACAGUCUUAUGCCGCAAAGUUGAAACAACACAAAAUCGAUCAAACUGUGCUUGGCAGUCUGACAUUACAACAGCUUGAAGACAUCGGAAUUACAGCGCUCGGAGAUCGUCUGAAAAUCUUCAAUUUCUUCUCGAAAGACCCUGACGAUUGCGGCAGCACAAGAUGUCAGAACAAGGGCAUCUGUCAAGAUGGAUAUCGUUGUUUUUCCUGCGUUUGCGAUCCUAAAUCUGGAUUUUAUGGCCCGAGAUGCGAGUUUAAGUGUCCCUGCCUCAAUCGCGGUGUUUGCAAAACUACACAAACUGGCUUCGAGUGUGUCUGCCCGCCAGGAUACUCCGGUGAUUUAUGUAAAACGAAAUAUUUAACUGAAAAAAGAUUUGUCAAACUUGAGGAAACGAUUCAACAGCUGACCACGAGACUGCAGCAAAGUGAACAACAAAUCAAGAAUCUACAAUCUCGAUCUUGGCAACUUUAUCGUGCAAAUGAGAUCCUUAAUCAACUCGAGAAGUUGCAAUUAAGCGGACAAACACCGACAUACACGCAAAAAUUACCAAUACUCCUUCCCAAGAACACCAAAGCCAUUCUCAUUUCGAUAUUUUGUAAAUUCGGAAACGGCAAUGGUCACGCAUAUUUGAAUUACGUCACCUACCAAAAAGACAACGACAACGCGGCUGCCAAAGCGGAAGGUUACAACACUCAUUACAACGUCUACGCCAACACAUUCCUGUAUGAGCAAAUGAUUCCUUGGAACACCACUCUUCCCAAUGAGUUGAUCUUCAGGGUGACGUAUUCCACCCUCACUGGUGGAAACUAUAACUGGUAUCGCGUGCGUUUGGUUGGUUAUGUAAUCUCUCCAUAA